CUGACUUCCGCCGUUUCCAAAACCCUAACCCUAGCGCUAAACCAGAACCAGAAACCUUCACCAAGAUGGGUCGGGUCAUCCGCGCCCAGCGUAAAGGUGCCGGAUCCGUAUUCAAGUCCCACACCCACCACCGCAAGGGUCCGGCGAGGUUCCGGAGCCUGGACUUCGGCGAGCGGAACGGCUACCUCAAGGGUGUGGUCACCGAGAUCAUCCACGAUCCCGGUCGCGGCGCCCCACUCGCUCGAGUUACCUUCCGCCACCCUUUCCGGUACAAGCAUCAGAAAGAGCUGUUCGUCGCCGCCGAGGGCAUGUACACCGGCCAAUUCGUCUACUGUGGCAAGAAGGCCAAUCUCGUUGUUGGCAAUGUUCUGCCGCUUAGAUCCAUCCCCGAGGGUGCCGUUGUGUGCAACGUUGAGCACCAUGUGGGUGACCGCGGGGUCUUCGCUAGGGCUUCUGGGGAUUAUUCGAUCGUUGUCAGUCACAACCCUGAUAAUGGAACCUCCAGAAUCAAGCUUCCAUCUGGAGCCAAGAAGAUUGUGCCCAGUGGGUGCCGAGCUAUGAUUGGUCAAGUUGCAGGUGGAGGUAGGACUGAAAAGCCAAUGUUGAAGGCAGGAAAUGCAUAUCACAAGUUCAGGGUCAAGAGAAACUGCUGGCCUAAGGUACGUGGUGUUGCCAUGAAUCCUGUGGAGCAUCCCCAUGGUGGUGGUAACCACCAGCAUAUCGGUCAUGCCAGUACUGUUCGCCGUGAUGCCCCUCCAGGGCAAAAGGUUGGUCUUAUUGCGGCCAGGAGGACUGGUCGUCUCCGAGGUCAAGCUGCUGCUACAGCUGCAAAAGCAGACAAGGCUUAGAGAGCACUGUUAUGUUGAUUUGUUUCUCAUUUUUGUUGUGGGUUUAGAACAUCUUUUAUUGACUUGCCAAUGGAUAAGUGAGAUGAUUAUGCUGAAGUUUUGGUAUCUGGAUAUGGGAUUAAGGUAUGUUAGAGAGCAUAAUUAAAUUCAAAGGAUCAUGUUUAAAUUCUUGACUUCUGUUGAAUUCCUAGUAGUGAAGAUACUUGUUUGGCCCC